UUAUUACCAUUUGUAUCCAAACAGUUGCCGAAAACCAGAGAAGCCGCGCGCUUGUAUUCUUUGUUUUUCGAAGAGCGUUUAAAGGACUUGGAGGGACGACGACAUCCGCCAUUGUUUUGGUUCAGCUUCUUCUCUUUCACUAACUGACCGCAGGUUCAACGCUCUCCUCAGACACCUUUCGCUUCUCAUGGACUCUCUGCAUCCCAACGAUGCCAUUCUUGCUUCUCCCACCUCCGGCCUUCAUGCUGAUUCCGUGUUCGCUCACCUUCAUCGCGCUCCCGAAGAUCCCAUCCUCGGGGUGACUGUUGCAUAUAACAAAGAUCCAAGCCCCGUUAAAGUGAAUGUCGGCGUUGGCUCUUACCGGACUGACGAAGGAAAACCUCUUGUUCUGAACGUAGUCAGGCAGGCAGAGCAGAAGCUUGUUAAUGACAGGUCACGCGUGAAGGAAUAUCUUCCUAUUGUUGGACUCGCAGAAUUCAAUAAAUUGAGUGCUAAGCUCCUUCUUGGUGCUGACAGCCCCGCCAUUCGAGAGAACAGGGUUACUACUGUUCAAUGCUUGUCUGGUACAGGCUCGUUGAGAGUCGGAGGUGAAUUUUUGGCUAGACAUUAUCAUCAACCCACCAUAUACAUUCCCCAGCCAACGUGGGGAUACCACCCAAAAGUACUUGCUGGAGCAGGUCUAUCUGUAAAAACAUACCGUUAUUAUGAUCCAGCAACACGUGGGCUAAACUUCCAAGGCCUCCUUGAAGACCUUGGUUCUGCCCCAUCUGGAGCUAUUGUGCUCCUCCAUGCAUGUGCUCACAACCCCACUGGUGUUGAUCCAACCAUACAGCAGUGGGAUCAGAUCAGGCAGUUGAUGAGAUCAAAAGAGCUAUUGCCUUUCUUUGACAAUGCUUAUCAGGGUUUUGCAAGUGGAGAUCUGGAUGCAGAUGCAGAGUCUGUUCGUAUGUUUGCUGCCAAUGGUGGUGAAUGCCUUGUAGCCCAGAGUUAUGCCAAGAACAUGGGACUCUAUGGGGAACGCGUCGGCGCCUUGAGCAUAGUCUGCAAGACAGCUGAUGUUGCAAGCAGGGUUGAGAGCCAGCUGAAACUUGUAAUCAGGCCAAUGUAUUCAGUUCCACCCAUUCACGGUGCAUCUAUUGCGGCUACCAUCCUCAAGGAUAGGGACAUGUACAAUGAAUGGACUAUUGAGUUGAAGGCAAUGGCUGACCGUAUUAUCAGCAUGCGCCAGCAACUUUUUGAUGCCCUGCGUGCUAGAGGUACACCUGGGGACUGGAGUCAUGUUAUUAAGCAGAUUGGAAUGUUUACUUUCACGGGAUUGAACUCAGAACAAGUUGCUUUUAUGACGAGAGAGUACCAUAUAUACAUGACAUCUGAUGGGAGAAUUAGCAUGGCAAGUCUGACCUCCAAGGCAGUCCCACAUCUGGCGGAUGCAAUUCAUGCGGCUGUUACUAUGUUGUCUGAAUCUGUUACCAGCAGAGUGUCUUCCUAAGGAUUAUGGAUUAUGGCUUUCCUAAAGUUUUUGUCCGAACUAGAGUCUAGAACGAGAGAGAUAUAAACAUAUAAAGCGGACACCAUUAAAUACUCAAUACAUAUUAUAGAAUCUAUUUUCUGUUUUUAUCUCUCUUCAUUUUCGAAGCUAGAGUUCGGCCAAGAACUUAAGGAUCCAAAAUCCAAAUCCCAUCUGAAGACUCUUCCGUUUUGCUACUUUCUUGUAAUAAUUGCUCCCUCGAGUAUUGAGGAAUAUCUAGAGGGAUUUGCUUUAACCUAAAGAAAUUGUGAUCACUUUUUACAACCUGUAUCAUCGAGACAUUGCUUUUUUAUUAAUGGCUUAUUCAUUUUCUUC